AAUACAAUAUUGAAUAGUAGUGGUGAUAAUAGGCAUCCUUGUUUCAUCCCUGAUCUUAUUUGGAAGUCUUCUAGCUUAUUCCCAUUACAUAUAAUGCUUGCUGAUUUUUUUAGAUAGAUACUACCUCUCAUUUUAAGGAAAAUUCUAUUUAUUUCUGUGAUCUUUAGUAUUUUUAAUAGGAAUGGGUGCUAUAUUUUGUCAAAGGCUUUUUCUGUAUAUAUUAUAUUAGUCACAUGAUUUCUGUUGGUUUUGCUAUAGAUAUGGUCCAUUAUGCUGAUAGUUUUCUUAAUAUUGAAGUGACCCUGCAUUCCUAUUAUAAAUCCCACAUGGUCCUAGUGUAUUAUCCCGAUGAUAAUUUGCUAUAAUGUCUUUGUUAAUAUCUUAAAAAUUUUUUUUUGCAUCAAUAUUCAUUAAGGAAUUUGGUCUGUAAUUUUCUUUCUCUGUUUUGGCUUUUCCUGAUACAGAUAUCGGCACCAUUUGUGGUGGAACACCGUUGCUCAUUCUUUUUCAAAUAGUUUAUAUAAUAUUGGAAUUUAUUGUUCUUUAAAUGUUUGGAUAGAAUCUAUCUGGUCCUGAAGGUUCUUUCUUAGGUUGUUCAUCGGUGGCUUGCUUAAUUUCUUUGUCUAAAAUGGGGUUAUUUAAGUAUUUUAUUUCUUUAAUCUGGCAAUUUAUAUUUUUGUAAAUAUUCACCCAUUUCACUUAGAUUGUCAGAUUUAUUGGCACACAGUUGGGCAAAAUAGCUCCCAGUUAUUAUUUUAAUUUACUCUUUAUUGUGAUCAAUUCACCUUUUUCAUUUUUGAUACUGGUAAUUUGAUAUUUCAUUUUUUAAAGUUUUCUCUAUUUUAUUCUUUUUUUCCCCCUUAUUAAACCAGUUCUUAGUUUUAUUCAUUAGUUCAGUAGUUUACUUACUUUUAAUUUUAUUGAUUUCUCCUUUUAGUUUUAGAUUUUCUAAUUUGGUAUUUAAUUGGGAAUUCUUAAUUUGUUCUUUUUCUAGCUUUUUAAAUUGCAGGCCCAAUUCAUUGAGCUCCUCUUUCUCUGUUUUACUCAUGUAAACAUUUAGAGAUAUAAAAUUUCUCCUAACAGUUGCUUUGGCUGCAUCCCAUAAAUUUUGGUACAUUUGUCUCAGUAUUGGCUUUCUCUUGUAUGAAACUGUUUUUUGUUUUGAUUGUUUUAUUGAUCGUUUGUUUGGAAUUCUUUAGGAUUAGAUUGUUUAAUGUCCAAUUAAUUUUUAAGUCUAUCUUUUCAUGGCCCUUUACUGCAUGUCAUUUUGUUUUUUAUGCAUCAUGUUCUGAAAAGGAUGCAUUUGACAUUUCUGCCUUUCUGCAUUUAGUUGUGAGAUUUUUCUGUCAGUUUUUGUGUAGAUGCCAUGCACUGCUGGAAAAAAAGCUACUUUCCUUUCUAUCCCCAUUCAGUUUUCUCCUGAGGUCUAUUAAUCAUAUCUAACUUUUCUAAAAUCCCAUUAACUUCCUUAACUUCUUUCUUGUUUAUUUUGUGGUUAGAUUUAUCUAGUUCUGAGAAGGAGGGGAAUGCUAGGUAUUUGUAUAGUUUUGCUGUCUAUUUCUUCCUGGAACUGACUUAACUUUUCCCCUAAGAAUUUGGAUGCUAUACCACUUGGUGCAUAGGUUUAGUAGUGAUAUCGCUGCAUUGUCAAUGGAACUUUUAGAAAGCUGUAGCUUCCUUCCUUAUCUCUUUUAAUUAGAUCUGUUUUUCUUGUCUAAGAUCAGGUUUGCUACCCUUCUUUUUCAUUUCAGCUGGAGCAGCCUUUUACCUUUACUCUGACUGUUAUAAACAUUUUAUAGGAUUCUCUUUUUAAAUUCAUUCUGCGAUCUGCUUCCACCUUAUGGGAGAGUUCAGCCCAUUUACAUUCACUAUUACACCCCUUCCCUUCCAACCAACAUGAUGGAAGGGGGAGAGAUACUGUUAUCUUGGGGAUUUGAUAGGACUCUGAGAUGCAGAAGUGUGACUGGCUCCUGGAUGUCCCCUUGCUGGGAAGAGAUCUGAGGUCAGGGGUUCCCAGUCUCCAAGCUGGGCAUUCCAGUCCUGUCCCACAUCCUUCCUAGGGUGAGACGGCUUCACUAAGGAAAGGAGCCUGCUUCCCUGGGAAGGGCAGGGCAGGAGCAGACGCUCCGAGGGUUGGGGCAGAUAGCAGAGACCUUGGGGUUCAAGAGUGUCCCUUCAGGCCCCAGCAACCCCCUUCUAAUGGGAGCCCCUUCCGGUCCGGGCCCCCAGCUGUCCCCCUCCUGCACGUCUCCCCCUCUGUCUCUCCCCCCUGCAGGGUCCAGAUGUGCGGGCUCACCAGUUUGGGCUGUGAGACGCUGGCCUUGGUGCUGAGCAGCUGCCCCAGCCUGAGGCAGCUGGACCUCAGUGACAGCCACGUGGGAGAGGAAGGCGCCAAGCUGCUGGGCCGGGGCCUGCUGCAGCCAGGCUGUCGGCUGCAGAGCCUCAGGUUGUUCCGGGCAUCCCUGACUGAGGCUGACAAGGCCGAGCUGGCGGCCGUGGCCAGGCCAAGCCUGGCCUGGAGAUCUCCUACCUGAGUGACAAUAGGAUCGGGUUACAGCCCUUGGGGCUCCCCUGAUCUGGGAUGCAGGAGCAGCAAAAGGCAGCAGCAGAUCCUGAAGUGGACCCUCCCCACCGCCCCCAUUGGAUCUCAGAACCCUUGGCUGCCCGCUCAGCCUCCUACAGGAACUCUGGCUCCCUAGUACCUCCAGGAUAAAAAUGGCCAGGUCAGCGUUAGGCCUGGGGAGCAUUAGAACCCGGACCCGCGGUUCGGGGGCCUCUGCCUCGCUGGACAAGACCCGCCAGCACAGCCCGACUGUGGAGGAGCCUGACCCCCAGAAGUCGCCCCCUUAGCAG